CGAGUGAGAUGCGAGUGAGGAUGAGAUGAGUGGAGGAGCAGCAGAGGAAGUGGGAGGCACAGUCCGUGGUAGCUGCUCGUAACUCACUGCAACUGUGCGCGCUGUACUGGCAACAGGACUCUGACUGAGCCGCAUCUCAACUCUCCUUUCACGCACAAGUCGGGGUGCUUUUUGUGUUGUUUUUUUCCUCGGCCACGUCUGUGCAUGUCAGCGUUUUCCUUUCACCUGCACUGUGGUCCAAGUUUGUCGGUGCGUCCCUGCCUUUCUGCUGCAAACAGGUUUCAAGAGUGGAAACCCCUGCGCUUCUUCCGCCGCUUGUUUGAAUUGAUUUUCAAAAGCUUGGUAAAGAUGAUGAUCAUAAUCGCGGAGUUCUUCGUGGUCAUUUUGAAGGUGCUCUGGGCUUUUGUAACAGCCGGGGCGAAAUGGGUAGUGCGGCCCAAGGAGAAGAGCGUGGCGGGACAGGUGUGCGUGAUCACCGGGGCUGGAAGCGGCCUCGGGCGGCUCUUCGCCAAGGAGUUCGCCCGGAGACGAGCGAUACUGGUGUUAUGGGACAUAAACAGCCAAAGCAAUGAAGAAACGGCGGAGAUGGUGCGGCAGAUAUACCAUGAGCUGGACACUCCCAUAACCAAAGACGGACCUGUUGGAGGGGUAGAGGAGGUCCCCCCUUUCCAGCCACAGGUCUACACCUAUGUGUGUGACGUGGGAAAGCGGGAGAGUGUGUAUUCCACAGCUGAGAAGGUGCGUCGAGAGGUGGGAGAGGUAGACAUACUGAUCAACAACGCUGGCGUCGUCUCCGGCCAUCACCUUCUGGAGUGCCCCGAUGAGCUGAUUGAGCGCACCAUGGUGGUCAACUGCCAUGCCCACUUCUGGACCACCAAGGCAUUUCUCCCCAAGAUGCUGGAGCUGAAUCAUGGUCACAUUGUGACGGUUGCCAGCUCCCUGGGUUUAUUCAGCACAGCUGGAGUGGAGGAUUACUGUGCCAGUAAGUUCGGUGCCAUUGGGUUCCACGAGUCACUGAGCCAUGAGCUGAAGGCCUCAGAGAAGGAUGGCAUCAACAUGACUCUGGUGUGCCCUUACCUGGUCGACACGGGAAUGUUCAAAGGCUGCAGGAUAAGGAAGGAGAUCGAGCCCUUCCUGCCUCCGCUGAAGCCAGAGUUCUGUGUGAAACAGGCCAUGAGGGCCAUCCUCACUGACCAGCCCAUGAUCUGUACACCUCGCAUCGUCUAUAUGGUCAACUUCAUGAAAAGCAUCCUGCCCUUCGAGGCCAUCGUGUGCAUGUACCGGUUCCUAGGCGCCGACAAGUGCAUGUACCCCUUCCUAGCUCAGAGAAAGGAGGCCAUGAACAACAACGAGGCGAAGAAUGGGAUCUAGGGGGCGCUGUUUGUAACACGAACAGAGGCACAUAAACCUGCAAGCAUGAGGAAACAACCACUGAGGAUGAAAAACGGGGAAGACAGAAGGAAGGAAAGAAGAAAAGACUGAAUCUAGACUGGUGCACUUGCAUUGAGCAAAUGCAAAGGUUUACCAUAUUGUUCCUCUGGAACAAAGAAAGCUGUGUACUACACAAAGGAUUUAUUUGACUUUGUUUUGUCUUUUUUUUUUUAAGUUUGUUUAAAGAAACCAACAUCUAUAUACUGUGUCACUAGUUUUUGAAAUCAUACAGAAAAGCUAUCCUAUAAUUAACUAUUUACGUAAUGUAGUCACCAGCCUUAUCUAGUGUCAUUGUGGAAAUAUACAGUAUGUUACUGUACAAACAGUAAAAGAUUUUGUUUUUCACUUUUAUUUUAUUUUUGUAGACAUGCACUGUAAUUUCAGAUUUUUUCUCUACACUGCCAGCAUUCUCUGUGUAGGAAGGUUCAACGCAGCAUUUCAGACGACCCAACGUCUCCCCACGCUGAGGCUCUUUUUUUUAGGCAGUCAGGAAAAUUGGUUUGCAGCUCUAAUUAUAACUUGUGCCAUUAAAAAACAACAACAAGAUAAAGUCACGAUACAGUUUACCAUAUUCAGUUGUUGCUAAAUACUUAAGUUCCAGACAUGUAGCAUAUGUGUUGAUAAUGAAGUCUAAGCGUUCCAAAUUCAAAGGCCAGAUUGUGGCUGACAAAUCUUCACAGGAGUUUCCAGUGUGACGGGACUCAACAUUGUCCCUUUGAUGGUCCUGUUAUUUCAGGUCUGUGUUGACGAACCUCUCAAAUGAAAAGUGGGUGAAGGCGUCGAUGGGUUUAACUAGCAUUAGGGGUGGAAAUCGCGAUAUUAUAUCAGUUCUUCUGACGAUACGAUGUUUGCUGAUAUCAUACAGUCUGCCACAAUCUGAUUUGGAGUCAAUUCAGGGGCCUGCGAUUGACACGAAACGAUACCAGUAAAUAUCCUCAUUGUCUUUUUCUUGGCUGCUUGCUAUGGUCGGCCUGGCGCUAGGCUGCUAGCACUGUUUGAAUGUUUGGGAAGGAGGUGUGCUUGGAUGGAAAUGGUAACACAGACGUGCCGUGACGAUUUCAAAAUAAAGGCAUAUCUUAAAGAUGACGAUAUGUAUCGAUGGUUUCCCUUUGCGUCGAUGAUAUUAGAUCGUCGAUCACUGAGUCGAUAUAUCGAUCACCACACCCCUGACUAGCAUGUGUGACACAUUCAGAAUGUACUGCUUUGGGAGAAACGGAGAGAAAAUAAAUUUGUAUUUCUCUCAUUUGUCUUUAUUUUCAAGAUCUGUGGUGUUUAUAUUGUAAAUUUAUCUGUUACCAAUAUUAUUUGUUAAAAAGAUAACCCGACAUAGGCUGUAACUCCAGGCUGUCCCAACACUGACGUGUGGUCGAGGGAAAUGUAUUAAAGACACUAGCUUUCCAUUAUUCUUUCCAAAGUAACACUUUAACUCUCCUGUCCAUUGUCCACCGUGUCCAGUUAAAGUGAAAUGUAAAUGUUUAAAUGUUGUGAAUACCCCAGUAUCCCAAAAUGACUGUCUCCACCAUAUUUGAUGUAUGAAUAUUUUAUAUACUUUUUGGGACGACAAGAGUUUUUGAAUUUCAACUACAUUCCAAUAGGCAUCAUCCCUCCAGUCACAGCGAUGAGCCUAAAUUCUCUACCUCUUAAUUUUUGCCAUUUUUUUUUGACAGUAUGACAUAAGCCUCUUUUUUUUUUUUGUAAUUUUUCUGAAGACCGCUCCAUAGCAGAGCAAAUGUGGUUCCAAUGUUUAGUGUCUCUACCUAACUUAAAUUAAUAAAAGUGAUUUAGAUUAUUAAA